AUGCCUUCACAAAUUCAGGCACCGAAUACGGCUAACGUUAUUCAAGAUGAGAUCCGUGAAUUAGAAAAGCGUCUUCAAGACGCUAAAGCACGUCUGAACAAAGUCCAGCCUUCGCCACCCCCUCAUCUCGCCUCGACAACUCAUUUUCUACUUCUUCUCUCAGACUCGGCACUUCCAUUAGGCUCGUUUGCUUUUAGCAGUGGUCUCGAGUCUUAUCUUGCUCACGAACCGCGUGCCUCGGCAUCGUUUGCCUCCUUUCUUCCUUCAUCGCUUUCAUCGUUCGCCGCGACAACACUGCCCUUUGUCCUAGCCGCGCACCGCGACCCCGAGUCUCUUCCUCAGUUAGAUGAUCAGCUCGACGCUGCUAUCAUUUGCACUGUUGGCCGACGUGCAAGCGUAGCGCAGGGUCGUGCGCUGCUAGGAAUAUGGGAGCGGUCGUUCCGUGCCAGCUGUCCAGAUGUUGACGGGCAGCCGUUGAGGGAAUUUGCUGUGUUGUUAAGGCGCGAAAACCAGAACGAAGUACCUCUCGUCUCUGCGCAUCUGGCGCCGCUGUUUGGAGCGAUAUGCGCUCUCGUGGGACUGGGUUUGCGACAGACAGCAUAUGUCUUCAUGCUCAGUCAUGUGAAGGCGUUGAUAUCUGCUGCGGUGAGAGCAAGUGUCUUUGGUCCCUACCAGGCGCAAAAGGUAUUAGCUGGACAGCAAGUACAGACGAUGAUCGACGACAUGAUCGAUCGAGAGUGGAAUACUUCGGUUGAGGAGGCUGGGCAAACAGUGCCUCUUAUGGAUUUAUGGAUUGGACGGCAUGAGACAUUGUACUCUAGAAUUUUCAACAGCUGA